AUGUUGGAAUUUUAUCCCAAUUUGAAUUUGAAUCCGGCAAUGUUGCCGGAUCAUCCGGGGACAAUGCCUGGACCCGAUUGCAACGGUAGAACAGAUGGACCUGGCCUGAUAAAGUGCGAAAAAACUUACGAAAUAUGCGAAGGAUGCGGCCAAAAAAUCCACGACAGGUACCUGAUGCGAGUAGCAGACACCAGUUGGCACGAGCACUGCUUGUCCUGUAGCAUCUGCGGCAUCUUACUAGCACAUUCCUGUUACACUAGGAACUCUAAACUAUACUGCAAGGCUGAUUACGAUAGAAUAUUCGGGGUGAAAUGUUCGAGAUGUGGCGACCGGCUGCUGCCGCACGAGAUGGUGAUGCGCGCGCAGCAACACGUCUUUCACCUGCCGUGUUUCGUCUGCGUGAUAUGUUGCCAGCCACUUCAAAAGGGUGAGCAGUUUGUGCUGCGCGCCGGGCAGCUGUUUUGCCGCCAAGACUUCGAAAAGGAACUGUACCUGAUGCAAGCAGGCUCCGGGGACGACGAUCUGCUCGACGAGAACAGCAGGCCCAGAGACGGGAGAAGGGGCCCAAAAAGGCCGCGGACUAUACUCACGUCCGCGCAAAGGAGACAGUUUAAAGCGUCGUUUGAGGUGAGUCCAAAACCAUGUCGGAAAGUGCGAGAGGCACUGGCGAAAGAAACCGGCCUGAGCGUACGAGUAGUCCAGGUCUGGUUUCAGAACCAAAGGGCAAAAAUGAAGAAGAUACAACGUAAAGCGAAACAAGACGACGGAAAAUCGCCCGGCGACAAGGACAAAGGCGACAAAGACGACAAAACGAUAAAACAGGAAUCGUCGCCGGCAAGCAGCGAGCACGGCCAUUACAGCAUGAGUCUAGGGAGCUUGGGAGACUCGCGGUUUCCCAGUUCGAGUCAGCCACUGAAUCCCAACAUGCCCUAUUCGCCGGAUGAUAAUUAUCCGGCGCAUUCGGGAGAAAGUUUCUGCAGUUCAGACAUUUCCCUAGACGAUAGUACAAAUUUCGAUCACUUGGACGAGGCGACGUCAGACACGAUGUCGCUGCAGAACUUGGAACUACAGUCGCACACACAUCACAAUGACGGCGCGCCACCUAGCGGAAAUAUCGCGAACCCCAUAGACAAGCUCUACCUCAUGCAGAACUCUUACUUCAGCACGGAAUAAAAAGGGGAACAUGCCAGAAUGUGGCUCGUUUUGAAGUUAGAAGAGAUUUCUUUAAGCUUUUCGAAUCCUCAUACACGUUUUCUUUUUGCAAAGUCAAAAUGUUGAGAGAUUUUUCCUAGUCGAUUCCAUUUUUUUUACAUUCUGUGAUUUAGAUAGAUACUAUUUUAAAUGAAGACGGACAUCAUCCAAACGGAAUGUUAAGGUAUUAAAUAACAGCAAGGGCCUCUUAGAUUAUUAAUAAUUUUAUUUUUGGAACAACCCCUAUUUUUGCCUUAUUUUUCUUGUUCUCUUAUUUUUGUAAAUACAAUAGAUGUAUUAUAUUUAUUAUAAAAAUUAACAGAAUUUUAUAGAAUUUUACUGUCUGUAAAUAUUUGCACUUAAUACGUCUGAGUCGAAUUAUUGAUUGUGAUGACUAAUAUAUUUAUGCCAAAAUAUAGUAUAUAAUAUUGCUUAGAUUUUAUUAUGUA